AUGCCUCAUAUUACUGGAAACAACGAAGCUGAUCUGAAAGUGUCUAUUCUAGGUGCCGCAGGCGGUAUCGGGCAGUCGCUGUCGCUGCUGGUGAAGACGCAAUUGCAAGUGCUCGCUGGCUCUGCAGACAAGAACCUGAAGCUAGCACUUUUCGAUGUCAACAAGGACGCUGUCAACGGUGUUGGCACAGACUUGUCGCACAUUGACACGCAGGUCGAGGUGUCCAUGCACAACCCACAGGAAGGUGACGGUAUCAACUCGUGUCUGAAAGGCGCUGACAUCGUGGUGAUCCCUGCCGGUGUGCCAAGAAAGCCAGGUAUGACCCGUGACGACCUGUUCAACAUCAACGCCAAGAUCAUCACACAGCUGACCGACUCCAUCCUCGAGAACUGUGACUUGACCAGGGUGGUCGUGCUGCUGAUCUCCAACCCAGUUAACUCCUUGGUCCCAGUUAUGGUCAACAGAAUGAGCCAGAAGGUGAACCACAAGAACACAGGCAUCGAGAAGAGAGUCUUCGGUGUCACGAACCUGGACCUGGUCAGAGCCUCCACUUUCCUAAGAGAAGUCUCCGAGGACAAGAUCGAAAAGAUGCCUUACGUGCCAGUCAUCGGUGGCCACUCGGGCGAAACAAUCAUCCCACUGUUCUCCCAGAACCCUCACUCCAAGGCCGUGCCAUCUGAGAAACUCGGCCCACUGGUACACAGAGUCCAAUACGGUGGUGACGAGGUCGUCAAGGCCAAGAACGGCGCGGGUUCCGCUACUUUGUCCAUGGCCCACGCCGGCUUCCAGUGCGUGGUCAAGUUCGCUAAGCUGUUCCUAGGUGGCGAAAAGGAGUUCAAAGGCACUUACUACAUCUCCUUGAAAGACUUCAACAACCAACCCAUCGCUAAGAACGCCGACGCUUUGCUCCCACUGGUCAACAACGUCCCAUUCUUCGCUCUGCCAAUGACAUUGACCCUGGACGGUGUCCAGUCUGUCGACAGCGACAUCAUCGAAAACAUGAACAUCCACGAACGCAAGGAACUACUGCCAAUCUGUCUAGACCAACUAGAAAAGAACAUCGCUAAGGGCCUAGACUUCUCUGCAUAA